AUGAGUAAUAAUCAAUUCUUAGCUCCUCCUCAAUCAAAUUAGUUACAAGUUCAUGCUCUAAAAAGACAAGAUUCGUCCUAAUAGCCAAGUAUCGUAUCUGGCAGUUUAAUGCUGAGUACAUACAAUUCGAUAAGGCCAAAAUAUUAAGCAUCUCAGUUGGGCAUAGAUGUUAAAGCGAGUAUAGAUAGUGCGCCUAAGGAAUUUUUAUAGGAGCAGAGGAAGACUUCGGAGUCAGCAUAAUAAAAAGCACAAAAUUGCAAUACUGAAACAAUUGGAUGGAGAGACUCAAUCUUUGAGGAGAACUUUGAUGAUCUGCCAUUAUCUAAGAAAUAUGGACUUCUUUAAUAAAAGGGAGUUGAUAUGUAUAGAAAGUAAAUGAAUUCUAGUGCUAGCCCAAACAGACCUAAGAAAAAACAAUGA